AAUAACUCUACUCUAAAUUUUAUUUCUCUCUCUCACACACUCCAUUCUAAAUUUUCUUGUUCCUACUAGUCUAGCUGGCCCAUUGUUUUCCACUGAUGUGUUUGUUCAUUUACCACUCUCAUUUCACCUUCUGAAUCAAACAAAAACAAAGCACUGGGCUGGGUCUUGCCUGUUAUUUAUUUUCUCUCUGUAUCCAAAUAUUAAUUUUGGCUUCUUUCUUCUCAUGCCUACGUUUGCAGCAGCAGCAGCAGCAGGGAUUUGAAGUAUUGUGAUAUAUUGCUAUUCAUGCAGAUCACCAUUUCUGGAUUAAUAUGAAGAAUGAAAAUCUAGCGGAGUUAGAGAGAGGAUGCUAUCUUUCUAAGGAAAUAUCCCGACUAUAUGCUUUUAAUUAUGAAGAAAGGACAAAGGUACAAGAUCUCGAAAAAGAAGUUGCAAUGUUGAAACAGCGGAUCGAUGAUAUGGAAAAUGAACAGAAGAUUAUGAAAAAGAACAAGGCAGUUCUACAAGAAUCGAGUGAGGAUGACAAAGCGCUUAUGGGAGCUCUUAUUGCAAAUGAGCAAAAGAUCAAGGAUGAGUUGACUGAUCUAAGGAGGUUCUUCAUUGACCAUUUGAAAGGAAAUGUAUCAAGUCCUACUCCUUUCGUUGUUAAGAAAAUGGGUGAACUCGACUCUCAACCAUUCAUUCAAGCAAUGGGAAUAUCCAAGGAGGACACCAUUAUUCAUGAAGCUAUAGUGAAUUGCUCAUUAUGGAACGAGAAUAUUAAAGAUCCACACUGGCAUCCUUUCAAAAUUAUCAGCAUUAGAGGGAAACUUAAGGAAGUCAUUGAUGAGGAGGAUGAGAAGCUGAAAGGACUAAAGAAGGAAUUCGGUAAAAACGUUCAUGAGGCGGUUAAAACGGCAUUAACUGAGAUGAAUGAGUAUAACCCUAGUGGUCGUGUUGUUGUACCAGAGCUGUGGAGUGUCGAAGAAAAUAGGAAAGCAAGUUUGAAGGAGGUGGCUGCGUAUAUGCUCGAUGGUUCCACUCCUAAGAGGAGCAAACGCCUAAAGAAGAGAAAGUGAAGUUCAUCAUAUACUUGUACUUGGAACUGGGAUUUGGUCUGUGACUGACACCAUUAUUUAGAUAUAUUUUGGAAACUAGUUUCAAGUUUUAUAUUGACAAGACUUCAGGAUGACCCCCUUUUUGUUCUUUUAUGAUGGGCUUUUGUUUUGUAAUUAUGGGUCAUGUUUUGAUCAUCGCCUAAGUACUUUUGAGCAUGCUUGUUCUUAAUUCAUAUUGAAAACCUAAGUUUUCUAUCUUUCUAA